ACUCCCGCGCCUGCGCCCUGCGGGGCCGCGGUUCGGGCGGCUCGGCGGCGGCGGUCAUGGCAGUCGCGCGGUGCUGCAGGGUGGCUGCGCUGUCCUGCCUGGUGCUCUGCGUCUCCCUCCUCCUGCCGCGGACUUUCCUGUCGCGGGGCGGCGGGAAGCACGAGCCCGGCGCCGCCCCGCCUCCCCCGCCUGAGGGGAAGCUUGGUCGCUUUCCACCAAGGAUGCAUUACCAGGCCACUCCCGACAGCCGAGCUGGCCCUCAUUUUCCAAGGUCUCAUCUUGCUGAAGCAGUUGCCAAAGCCAAGGCAGGUGGAGGUGCUGCGGGAAGCACGGGUGGAACUGGAAGAGGUCUUAUGGGGCAGAUUAUCCCUAUAUAUGGAUUUGGCAUCUUCUUAUAUAUUCUGUAUAUUUUAUUUAAGCUGGCUUCCAAGGGAAAAACUGCUGCUGGAGAGCGGAAAUGCCCUACUGCUGCACCUGGAAACCUGAAGAGGAAAAUCACUGACUAUGAGCUCACCCAACUCCAGGAAAAACUGAGAGAGACAGAAGAAGCUAUGGAAAAACUCAUCAACAGAGUAGGACCUAACUGUGACAGGACUCAAAAUGUUACAACAGACCAGGAAAAAAGGUUACUUCAACAGCUCCGAGAAAUUACUAGGGUUAUGAAAGAAGGAAAAUUCAUAGAUGGCAUCUCUCCUGAGAAGGAAGCUGAAGAAGCUCCUUACAUGGAGGACUGGGAAGGUUAUCCAGAAGAGACCUAUCCUGUCUAUGAUAAUUACGAUUGCUACAAGCGCAAACAGGACACAAUCCUUGUAGAUUACCCUGACCUAAGCCAGCCCUCUGCGGAAGAGCUGGCAGAAAGAAUGGAGGACAUGGAAGAUGAGGAGCAUCUGUGCAGUGAAACUGCGCUAUCUGAUCUCGCCAUGGGAAGGGACAGUCACAGUUUAAUGCAGAAAAAUGAUGAGGUAACUGGCAUCAGUGAAGAGGAGAGGAACUUUCAUCAGAGCCAAAGCAUUGAGGAGUGCUGCUGUUGUUACGAGGAUGAUGAUCCUGCUGUCAUAGCAGAGAACACUGUAUUCCACUAUGAGAGCUGCAGUGAAGCAGAAGAGCCAACCCAAGAGGACCUGUCUGUGGAGUCAGAAAAUGAGAAUUCAGCACUGAAAAAGCAAAAAGCCAGUGAUUCAGAUGAAACAGGCUUGCUGAGGAAGCGCAGUACGAAAGGACCUGAGUAAUAAGGACAACAGUGGAUAUUAUCCACUGGUGAAAGCAAAGGUCAUGAACUGUCAUUCGUGUUCCUGAUGAAGACUUCUCGGUGUUCAUCUCCUUGUACCAGUUUCAUUCCCAUAGUAGUAGUCAGUCAGUAACAACACUUACCUGAACUGGAAGCCAGUGGUUUCUUCCAUGCAGUCUUGUCAUGGCUUACAAUGAUGUUGCCGACAGUGCUUUGUCCUUGCUUUUUAGAGACUGGUGUCAUCUGAGCAGAUUGUCAGUUCAGAUGUCAGUGAUUCUUUCCUUUCAAACAGUCUUUGUUUUUACCCUUUGCCAUCUCAGAGUUGACCAAAUGCCUCUCCUGACUUUCUCAAAAACAUUUUGUUUGUGUGCUACCUGUUAUGAAAAUUAAUAAAAUCCGUGUAUAUUUAUGACAUUACUAGGAAGUUGGAGGAGUAAAUAUGCCUUAUUUCUCUUACCUGAAUGUUAACUGAUCAGCAGACCAUAGUCACACAUAUGACUUUUUCUCAACUAUGAAAUUGCUGCUGUAUGCCCAAGAAACUGUUGUCUCUACAAUCCACAACAUUCAUAUGCUACCCCCAACCCACAGCCUAUUUCCCAGUUUAUUUCAUGCUGCAAGACCAGUAGCCUAAUCUGUGUUAUGUUCCAGGAAGAAUGUGAGCAAGACUGAAGCAUUGGGAGUUGUUUUUCGUCUUUGUCAUAUCCAUGGUGAAAUCCAUAUG